AUGCUUCGUAUUUCGGGUUGUCCCAAUUCAAAAUGCAUUCGGUUCAAUAGAAUUGACGAGACAUUUCGAAUAAUUUUCGAAGUUAUACCACUUCAUAUCUAUCACUUUUUUCUUUAUCUUUCUGUCUUCCUUCAUCUCUUCAUAUCUAUCUAUCUAUCUAUCUAUCUAUCUAUCCAUCUAUCCAUCCAUCUAUCUCAGUUUAUCUCAUCCAUCUAUCUAUCUAUCUAUCUAUCUAUCUAUCUAUCUAUCUAUCUAUCUAUCUAUCUAUCUAUCUAUCUAUCUCAGUCUAUUCAUAUCUAUCUAUCUAUCUAUCUAUCUCAGUUUAUUCAUAUCUAUCUAUCUCUCUAUCUAUCUAUCUCAGUCUAUUCAUAUCUAUCUAUCUAUCUAUCUAUCUAUCUAUCUAUCUAUCUCAGUUUAUUCAUAUCUAUCUAUCUAUCUAUCUAUCUAUCUAUCUAUCUCAGUCUAUUCAUAUCUAUAUCUCUAUCUAUCUCAGUCUAUUCAUAUCUAUCUAUCUAUCUAUCUAUCUAUCUAUCUAUUUAUCUAUCUAUCUAUCUCAGUCUAUUCAUAUCUAUCUAUCUAUCUAUCUAUCUAUCUAUCUAUCUAUCUCAUUCUGUUCAUAUCUAUUUCAUUCUGUUCAUAUCUAUCUCAGACAUUUUGUAUCUAUCUUAUUAUUUAAAUAUUUCAUUCUCUGUUGAUAUUUUUUCCUCUCCAGCCAGAUUGCCGUAUAUUUACACUCACCAUAUCGCAAAUUUGUCUGUUUCCAUUUUUUUUUUUUUUCUUUCUUAUAACCGAUUUCGAAUUUCUGCGUUUUCAUUUUUUUCUUUCUUAGUUUCCUUCCUUCCUUUGAUUCUUUUUUCGAUUUUUUCAUUCAUUUCCUUCUUUAUUGUUUUUCAUGACAUUUCGCCAGUUUUCCCCUUCUUUUUCUUUUUCUAUAUUUAUGUUUUCUGUCUUUCUUUCAAGGCUUUAAUUUCAUUCAAUUUUCUUUCUUAA